CGAGAUUUACAUAUUUAUUUUAAAAUUAUAUGUAUUUUAAUCCUAAAGGUUUAAAUAUUGUGAUUUUGAAAUUUUCAACUUUCGUAUGAAAAUGAUUUCUUUAACAAAAUUUUUGCUUCUAUUUGUCUUUACCUUCAUCAUUUUAAAAAUAACUAACGGUCGUGAAUCAGCUAAGUUCGGUACAAUCGAGAAGUACACCUAUGGCAUGACUAAUAUGGUACCUUAUUUUGUGAGAAACUGCAUAAAAGAAGUGGAAAAACGUGGGUUGAAAGAAGAUGGAUUGUAUUACAAAACCGGCAAUGUAAAGAUGAUGAAAAAAGUGCUAAAAUUACAUUCUAAGAAGAAUGUAGAUUUAUCGAAUUUUGAUAUUCAUGAUAUUAUCGGAGCACUUAAAACAUAUCUUCGAACACUGUAUGGACGAAUAAUUAAUCGAACGCAUGGAGAAAUGUUAAUAUCAGCUAAUGAAGCACGAAAUUAUUAUUAUAAAGAAAAAGAUAUGAAAAAUAUAAUUUCCGACUUUCAACGACCAAAUCGCGAUACUCUCGCUUUUUUGAUUUUACAUAUGCAAAAGGUACUUGAAACACCAGAAACUAAUCUGAAAAGCUCAUAUCUGGCUUCAGUUUUUGGUCAAACUUUAUUCAGUAAUAUUGGCUUAAAUGAUAAAAAAAUUUUAAAAAAGACUUAUCAGAGAAUUGAGGUCGUUGAAGAAUUGUUAAAAAUUCCAUCCAGUUUCUGGAAACAGUUUGGUGAAAAUUCUCCUGAAGCUUCUCCAAUAAAAAGUGAUUUAGAAGAUUCAGAAGAAAUUUCAGAUGAAUUUUUCACAUUCGAAUGAAGAAAGAAUGAAGCUUAAUAAAGCUUUCAGGAAGCAACAUAUAAAUAAAUGUAUAAAUAAGAUUUUGCUCUUAUUAAUAAAAAAAUUAUAAUUACAUUAAAGUUUUUAUGUGAAAGACACAUGCUUUUAAUUACCCGUACCUCAUUCUGAAAUAAAUAAAUAUAUAUAAAUUAUAAUAUAUCACAGAAAAAACCUAGUCUUAUUUUUAUUGCACAUCAAAAUGAGCCGCCUACACGACUCAUUCUGAGUUCAGUUUUUUUCUGUGUAAAUGAAAAUAUAACUUAUUAAUAAAAUGAUAUUAUCUAUUGCUUUCGAUUAUUAUUAUUAUAUAUUUAAAUUCAAAUCCACGUGGCUACUAACAAUUAUGCAGAUGUUCGAAUUCGAAAAUUUAAAUUUUGUUUAAAAAAUUACUGACAAAUCGUAAAUUUCUUUAUGCACUUUGGAAAUUUAAUUAUUUAUAUCUUCUUUGUUUCAACUUACAGACAAAAUUUUUUUUAAAAAAAUUUUCUAAGAGCCUUGAAUUGCAGGCAAAAGUUGUUUUCCAAGACGUUCAGGUCUCAAGAAGUUAGCAAUGGUUAACAGGUGUGUAGCAGGUGCACCCAAGCAACAGCGCAUCCAAGAGUUUUGACUGAAAAGUUUCACAUCCUAGAAUUGUUUGCUGUUGGUGACGAUGAUGAAGAAAAUAUUUAGAGAAAAUAUUGCUUCUUUUGUAAAAUGUAAAUAAGUUGUUCUGUAAAAAAGUCAUUUAAAAAAGUUUAUUUUAAUUAAAUUAUAUUUUAUUCUUAAAAAAAUUGAUAUGUAGUUUAUUUACUUAAUAACUUAACUUAAAUAAUAAUUAUGUUUAAUCUAAAAUUUUUUUAAAUCAAUGAUUUACAAAACAUAUUUUCAAAAAACGCGGCGACUUUGGGCGAUUUGAAAGUGUUGCGACUUUGUGCGAUUUUCGUGCGCAGUACUUGCGAUUUGAGCCUGGACAAGUCUGGCAACGCUGAUCUGGUGCUCAGUAGAGGUGCGUCUCUCUGAACACCGGAGCCUUCCUCACUUCCUAGAAGGAGCUGUACUUGUUCCUGUAGGCGCUCCUGCGGAACAGUAACACUCUUCGCCUUCCUUCCUCCUGGUGAACCGGACUUUCUAUGGGCGCUUCCGUGGAAGACUGGUGAAUCUGGUUACCCACUCACUUCCACCAGGACCGUCCUUGUCGAAUAGAGUCGCUCCUCUCUUGACAAAGAUGAUGCACUAGGUCGAUUCCCCAUCUCGAGGCGCUUCUCGGGUGGAGGAGACACCUAGUGAAUAUUACUUUGCACUAGCUUCGCGUCGGGCAUAAAUAUUGGAACCGAAUCCAAUAUCUAGCUUCUUCCCGAUUACGAAUAAUAAUCGACCUAGCGUGCACGACCCAAGUAUUUGUCCGUACCGUCGUCUAGGGGGUAAAUUCUAGAAAGUAUCCCACGCGAAAGUAAUAUGCGUCGUCCUGAUCAACAUCUUCGCGAACGUGCUAAAUAUGUUUAAAUCCGCUUUAUUCUGGAUUAAUGACGAGAGCGAUCGGAGCUCAUCGAAUGCUCCUCUAGAAUAGCUAGUUCUUUCAUCGUUAUGUUUUCUAGAGAUUAGUAUUUUAUUUGCAUUGUAUAGAUUCUUUCGUUCUUUUAUUAUUUUAUGUAAUAAUUCAUUUUUUGUAUAUUUUAUUAUUCUUUUAUUUAAACAAUAUAUUCUCUUUCGAAGGUUUAAAUAAAGACUCGACAAUGACUACACCUCUCCUCUACAUCAUAGUAAGAAAUAGUUCCGAAAUUAAUCGAAACAUAAAUGGCGCUUCAUGCCAUCUAUCUAAAUUUAAAGUAACUAGUCACAAUAGGUACCCGGACUCCAUCCGGUAAGCAAAUCCUUUGGCAAUAAAAGUCAGAUCAUUACAAGAGGAAGCAUUUGAAAUCUAAAAGUCUUCUUUUGGGUAAGAUAAAAAUUUAAUAAUAAUAAUGUUGUAAUUAAUACAUAAAUAAAAAGUGAAUAAAAUAACUACAAUAACAGGGUGUC